UGACGCGUUCGCGGCGCGACGGCGUCGCCAUUUGAUGCGGGCGGGGCCGAUGGGCGCGCAGGAGGUGCUGGGGCAGGCCACGCGGCUGGCGUCCUCCAGCGCGCUGCUGCAGGUGCUGUUCCGGGCGGUCACGUUCGCCCUCAACGCCUUCACUCUGCGCUACCUCUCCAGAGAGCUGAUCGGUGUGGUCAACGUGAGGCUCACUUUGCUGUAUUCAACGGUUGUCUUCCUGGCAAGGGAGGCGUUUCGCAGAGCCUGUCUGAGUGGAAGUGCAAAGAGAAACUGGACCAAAACAACUAACCUGUUGUGGCUGACAGUCCCUCUUGGUGUUUUUUGGUCUGUUUGCUUGGGCUUAGUCUGGCUACACUUGCUCGAAGUACCUGAUCCUUCUGUGGUUCCUCAUUAUCAGGCUGGUGUAGUAGCAUUUGGUCUUUCUGCAAUUAUUGAACUUCUGGGAGAGCCAUUCUGGGUUUUAGCACAAGCUCAUUUGUUUGUGAGACUUAAGGUUAUUGCUGAAAGCCUUUCAGUAGUGUCAAAAUGCAUUUUGACAGUUAUUUUAGUAGUUCUUUAUCCUCAGUGGGGCCUCUACAUUUUUUCCUUGGCUCAGCUUUUGUAUACCAGUGUGCUGGUACUGUGCUACGUUAUUUAUUUUGUGAUGUUUUUGGGAUCUCCUGAAGCAACAAAGAAGUCAUUUCCAGUUGCUAGAAUGAAAGCUUUAUUGCCCAGUUUGGUGGAAGAUGAGACCUUUGUUAACUGGAAGGAAGCACGGUUGACUUGGAGUUUCUUCAAACAGUCCUUCUUGAAACAGAUUUUGACAGAGGGUGAACGAUAUGUGAUGACUUUUUUGAAUGUGUUGAAUUUUGGAGAUCAGGGUGUAUAUGAUAUCGUGAAUAAUCUUGGUUCACUGGUGGCCAGGUUUAUCUUUUUGCCUAUUGAGGAGAGUUUUUAUGUCUUUUUUGCCAAAGUGCUAGAAAGAGGGAAGAAUGUAAAGGAUCAGAAGAAGGAUGAUGUUGCUAUGGCUGCAAAUGUAUUAGAAUCACUGUUAAAACUUGUACUUCUGACUGGCCUUACCAUCACAGUUUUCGGGUAUGCCUAUUCUCAGCUGGCUCUGGAUCUUUAUGGAGGCUCAGUGCUCAGUUCUGGAACCGGUCCAAAUCUCCUUCGAUGUUACUCAUUGUAUGUCCUAUUUCUUGCUGUCAAUGGAGUAACAGAAUGUUUUACAUUUGCUUUGAUGUGUAAAGAAGAGGUGGACAGGUACAAUUUUGUUAUGCUGGCGUUGUCUUUCACAUUUCUGUGUAUCUCUUAUUUCUUGACUCACUGGCAUGGCAGUGUGGGCUUUAUUCUUGCCAACUGCUUUAACAUGGGUAUCCGAAUAGCUCACAGCAUCCACUAUAUCUAUGAUUACUUCAAAGAAAGCACUUACAGACCUCUGAUGGGCUUGCUUCCCUCCCCAUUUUUGGUGUUCAUUUACAUCAUAAGUGGAGCGAUCACUGGUUUCUCAGAGGUGUUCUUCUGCUGCGAUAAGGGUUGGAUGCCAAGACUGAUUCACAUCAGCAUGGGUGCUCUGUGCUUUGCCGCAACCAUCGUUACUAUGUUCUUCACAGAGACCAAGCUGAUCCACUUUGUCAGAAGCCAGUUCCUGUCCCGAUAUAUGAAGAAAGGAACAUGAAAUGCUCAUGUGCGGAACAGUUCUUGUGUAUGCUUGCAGUAAAGGGCUAUAUUUUUUCCAUAAGA